AUGAUUAUCUUUGUUCUUGACCCGGUUUACCGCAAUGCGGUAAACUGGGUGCCCUAUCCGCUUCCGGGUUGGCAUGUAGGAGUUGCUGCGCGGUAUACCCGAGCGAGGAUGCUACGCUCGGGUUGCCGCGUGGACGCGACCCCACACCUGUGCAGCCGAGUGAAGGUGCCGAUCGUCGUGACAGGCAUUUUGGCGGCAGUUUAUGCUGGGGGUGUUGCAAGAGGCGUCUCUGUGUGUGCUGAUACCGCCUCUUUGCGGCUGUGGGGACUGUUUCUAGUCGCCAGUUACGCCUUGAGCUUUGCUGGAAACAUAUUAAAGGCAUUUGCGGAGGAAUCUGUGAUUGCUGGAGACUUCCGUCGACUGGCGAGAAUAACGAGCCUGUAUGCAUGCAUGGUGUCCUGGUCGCUGCUGCUGGCCCACGUGAGCUCUCAUUACGGCCACACCAAGACGCGGGUGGCGGCACUGGUGAGUGCAGCCGCCUUGCCCCUUGCAUCCGCAUUAUUGCUGUGGCGAAGACCAGCUGGGCCGCAAUUGGGCGCCGAUGCCGCCACUGCGCUGCUGGCGUCCUUGACCGCCGUGAUGGCGGGCAGCGAAGGCAAUGAAAGCCUGUGGCGAGGCGCCGUGUUCCACGCCAUGGCCGCCAUCAUGUUCGGCACCAACUCGGGGACGCUGUUUUACUUGGCGACUGUGCCGGCCAACGGGGCACUAGCUCAAGGCUUUGGUUGUUGUUGAUACAUCACAAAUUAAAUCGGAGUGACGCCUGGAUGAUAUCGAGUUGGAUAUUUUCUCAUUUGUCCUCCCACACACACCGCCCCGACUGGUUCUGAGAGGGGCUGUAUACAUACAGUAUUGUUUGCUGUGUUUCUCUCCCUCUCUUAUCUUUUUCGCGUAUUUUUGUACUAAUUUUGUUUUCGUCAGAAGCGGGUUUCGUUGGCUCUGUCAUUUCUGCGACAUCUACAUGACAGUUUUGAGAACUCCGCUUGUGUAAUAUCUAGUUUAGGUGUCGCAAAUAAAACCACAUCGAUCCAAAUACAGUAGAACA